AUGUCGUCCAAACGGGCGGUCGUAUUCUUCGUCACAUUCACCAGCUACGGUCUAUACCAUGCGAGUCGAAAAGCGUUGAGCGGUGUCAAAUCGUCGAUUAUGUCGGAUUGGAUGAGCAACUCGACGCAUCCGCCGCUUUUCGAACAUGACGCCGACGCAAAACAUUUUUUGGGAUCGUUGGACGCGAUUUUUAUGACCGCCUAUGCGGCAGCGCUGUUCUUUUGGGGAAUGUUGGGCGAUCGGUUGAAUCCGAAAUAUGUGGUGGCUGCUGGGAUGGUUGGAAGCGCGGUGACGGUGAGAAGAAGCUUUCUGUUUGACAAGGAAUUUUGAUAAAAAAUAUAUUUUCUAAUAGUUUUCGACCCGCUGAUCACGAUUUCGUUGUCUAAAAUUGCAAAGCUCGAUUCCCAAUAUGAGUUAUGACGUGUCAAAUUUCGAAAAAUCAGAAUUUCGCAAGCUGAAAACUAUGUAGCUUCAAAAAUUAAACCUUCUAAUGCAUCGUACAAAGUGCAAAAAAUGCGAAAAAUCGCAUUUUUUCGCGCAUUAUUUUUGCAUUUUCUGAUGUUUUUCGAGCCAAAAUGGACCGAAAUUGAAAGAAUUUGUCUGAAAUGGUGUUUUUAUUGAUAAUGGAGGAAAAAGCAACGCUGAAACAAAAAAAAUAACGAUUUUUCUUCCAUUAUCAAUAAAAAACACAAUUUCAGACAAAUUCUUUCAAUUUCUGUCCAUUUUGACUCGAAAAAUAUCAGAAAAUGCAAAAAUAAUGCGCGAAAAAUGCGAUUUUUCGCAUUUUUUUUACCUUGCACGAUGCAUUAGAAGGUUUAUUGCAUAAUUUUUGAAGCUAGUUUUCCGCUUCCAAAAUCCCGAACUUUGCCACGUCAUAACCCAUGUUAGAAGUUGAGCUUUGCAAUUUUAGACAACGGAAUCGUGAUCAGCGCGUCGAACACUACUAGAAAAAAUAUUUUUUGAAAUUUAAAAAAUCUGAAACGUAUUUUUUCCUUUCCAGCUCACACUAUUUGGCACGAUUCCAAAACUCCUCAACUUCUACUCAAUUUACUACUACAUUCUAACAUACAUCGCAUUCGGUCUCGUUCAAGCUUGCGGUUGGCCAAGUGAAAUUGCAAUUAUGGCCGCCUGGUUUGGCAAAGGGAAUCGGGGAUUUAUUAUGGGAGCGUGGGCGGCUUGUCAACCUGUCGGCAAUAUUUUUGGAUCGAUUUUUACUGCGCUUGUUUUGCCGAUGGGAUAUGAGGUGAGAGGGAUUUUGGAGAGAAAAAUGAAAAAAAUGAAAAUGAAUUUCUUCCAGUACACAUUCCUUCUCAAUUCUCUUCUCAUCCUAAUCGGAGCCAUAAUUGUGUUCAUCUCAAUCGACUCAAAACCCCAAGACAGCGAGGGAAGUUAUAAUAACUUGGAGGAGAAUAACACCAGGUAACCUUGAAAAAAUUUCAUGUUUCUAAAAAAUAUUUUGUGUUUUGUCUGCAGGUUUAGAAUGCAACAGCUGAAAAAAGUGCAAAAGUUAGUUUUUGUGUGGUUUUUGAGGGGGCGGAGUUGGUAUGAGCAAAAAUGGGAGAGCGGGAAAUUUGAAUUUUUCAAUAUUUUUUGCGCGGGAACAAAUUGAAAUUUUGAAAGGCUUGAAAAUUGUUUUUUCGCUGAAAAAUUGAAAGAAAACGAAAAAAAUCAAUUUUUCUAAAAAAAGAAGAUGAAAACAGUUCAGUUUUCUACCAAAAAUUCAAAAUUCAACGAAAAAUUUAAAAAUUUAAAACAUAAGGGAUGAUUCACAAAUGAAAAAAUGUUUUUCAGCUAAAAAUGUUGACAAAUCGAGAUUUUUGAAGAUUCUGAAGUGAUUUCUGAUUAAAAUUGACAUUGGAAUUCACUUUUCAGAAAGAUUUUCUGAUUUUUCGUAAAAUAAAAAGUUUUAAAAUUUUGGUGAAAUUCGAAAAAAUCAUAAAAUAAAGCAAAAUAGGGUUUUCGAAGCUUAUUUUCAUCAAAAAUUACUCCAGAAGCUUCAAAAAUCUCGAUUUGUCAUCAUUUUUGGCUGAAAAACUCGAAAAACUAAUUCUGACCUCGACUUUUCGUGUUAAAAAACAUUUUUUCCAUUCGUGAAUCAGCCUUAAUGGAUUUUUGCACAAAAAAUUCCAAAUUUUCAAAAAAAAAUUAAGAAUUUCAGGAAGAACUGAAAACUUCGUAAUUUUUUAUACAAAAAACUAAUUUUUCUAGAAACAAAAAUUUAAAUUUUCUAAAAAUUCAGAUUCUUCGCAAAUUUUCGAUCCAAAAUUUGUGUCUCAAAAAUCUGAAAUUUUCAAAAACUGUGUGGCUGGAAAAUGUACAAUUUCGAAACAAAAAAUCUGAAUUUCAUCAGUUUUUGGAGCUGACAAAAAACAUUUUCUAGAUCUGACAAAAAAAACCCCCCCCCCCCCAAAAUCCUUAAUUGCUCAUAUUAAUCCGCCCCCUUUCUCUCCCUAUUUUUCUACCAAACCUCCUAACCAUCCACUUUUUUGCAGCCCCUCAACAUCACACGGCGAACCAAUCAGUCUCAUCAAAGCCCUCCUUCUCCCCGGUGUUCUAGCCUAUUGUAUCUGCAAUGCCUGCCUGAAACUCGUCAACUACGCCUUCUUCUUUUGGCUUCCCUUAUAUCUAACAGAUGCCUAUCAUUGGCAAGAAUCGCAAGCCGAUCAAUUAUCGAUUUGGUAUGAUUUUGGUGGAAUAAUUGGAAGUGUUGUUGGUGGAUACAUCACUGAUAAAAUGGGAAAACGAAGUCCGCUGAUUGUUGGAAUGCUUGUCUGCUCAAUUGGCUCAUUAUUCUUAUAUGCACAUAUUGGCCCACACAUGCUUUGGAAUGCUCUCGUUAUGACAAGCGUCGGGUUCACCGUCUCUGGCCCAUAUAAUCUGAUUGUUGGAUCGAUAUCGAUUGAUUUGGGAAGUCAACCGGCACUUGCUGGAAAUACGCAAGCGAUGAGUACGGUCUCGGGACUCUUAGAUGGAACUGGUUCGGCUGGAAGUGCCAUCGGACAGGUGUUGAUACCGGUUAUACAGGAGGAUUUGGGAUGGAAGGCGGUUUUUUAUGUUUUUAUGGUUUUGGUGAGGAAUUUUGGGAUGGGGUUGGGAAAAUUCAGCAGAGUUUAUAGCAAAAUCUGAUAAAUUUUUGAAAAUUCCUGAAUUUUAGACUUGAAAAAAGGUUUUUCAUGAAAACUUAUUAUGAAUAAAAACGAAAAUUUUCAAUUUUGAAGCUCAUAAUCAUUCAAUUCUCAAAAUUUAAGAAAAAAAAUCAAAUUUUCAGAAGCUCACGUGAUUUUUGAGUUAAUUUCUAAUGUUCACAAAUCUAAAAAAAUUCCCUUAAAUUUUGAAAAUGAACUCGAAAAUCCCACGAGUUUCUGAAAGUUUUAUGAUUGUCAGCAUUUUUGAGAAUGUUCAGAAAUUCUCCAGAUUUUAUAGCGAAAUCUGAUGAAUUUUUGGUUUUCUCAUGAAAUUUGAAAAACUCAAAAAUCCUGUGAGCUUCUGAAAAGCUUGAUUUUUUCUCUGAAAUUUUGAAAAUUGAAUGAUUUUCAGCUCCAAAAUUGAAAUUUCUUCUAUUUUUCAUUUUUUUCCUGAUAUUCAAAAUUACUGGAAGUUUCAAAAUUUGAAAUUCAAGUAUUCAGCCAAAAGUUCAUUUUUCCAAUAUUUUUUAUCAUGAAAAUUGAAAUUACACUGAAAAUUUAGAAUUUUCAGAUUAAAUCUCUAAAGAUUCCCUGAAAAAUUGAAUAUGAACUCGAAAAUCGCGAAAGCUUCUGAAAAUUUGAUUUUUUCUCUGAAAACUUGAAAAUUGAAUGAUUCUAAAAUUAAAUCUUUUAAAUUAAAUUUCUCAGAGAAAUUUCGAAUUUUCAGCCAAAAUUUCAUUUUUCCAAUAUGUUUUUUAUUAAAAAGAUAGAAAAUUUGGAAUUUCAAAAGUAAAUCUCUAGAAAUUCCCCUGAAAUUUGAACAUGAACUGAAAAAUCCCGAGAGCUUCGAAAAAUUUGAUUUUUUUAUUCUGAAAUUUAAUGAAGAUACAGCAUUUUUGAGAAUUUUCAGCCAAAAUUUCAUUUUUCUAAUAUUUUUUCUCAUGAAAUUUGAAAUUGCAUUGAAAAUUUAGAAUUUCAAAGGUAAAUCUAAAAAAGUUUUGAAUUUUCAGCCAAAAUUUCAUUUUUCCAAUAUUUAUUGAUUAAUUUUCGAACUGAAAUCUUUGAAAAUCAGAAAUCUUCAGCAACUUUUAGUUUCAGAUUUACAGCAAAUUCAGAAAAAUCCAAAAUUUCCUCAUUUUCAGAACGUCUUCGCCAUUCUGGCAAUUUCCAAACGUUUCAUCGCCGAUAUGAAAUCAUUGCGACGUAUUCGAAAUGGCGAAGAAUCGCCACUUCUUGAUGGCGAUGAUGAACAACACGAAGAUUGA